CCACAUGGUGCAAGGAUCACGACCCCUCGUCCACGUCUCAAUGUGCCGUAUCCUGGACGCGUUGAGUUUCGCCGCAAUAUCAAAGAGUGGCUCUUGCAACUCGACCCUAAUAUUGGCACACGGAAAGACUGCAUUGCCCGCUCGUCGGCUCUUCAUCUCAACUCUUCAAGACACCCAAGCGGCUUGAGCGAAGCUGUGACUUGUGACCUUUACUAUUUCCACCUCAAACGACGAGACGAGUGCGUGUGUUUUCCUGUCUAUAACGACCAUGUCACAACAACCUCAACUACUAUCGACGGCGUCUAUAGAUCCUUCGAGACCACAUCUGCCUUCUAUCCUCCAGCUCAAGUCGUAGAGAGCUGCCUGCUCGCAGCUGCUACUCAAGGUCCUCCUACUGUUUGCGAUUCACAGAACCCAGAUUGCCCUCAGUCGGCUGAGGUUAUCCAACGAGAACCGAGAGUCCUGGGAGGGUUUCCAUACUGUCCCACACCUGGACUGAAAGCGCGACAGGACUUAGCAGCUCGAACCGCUGGAAGAGGCGAUGACUACUACAUCUCAACGACGACUGUCUCACCAUCAACGAAUUCAUGGGGGCCUUUGCCGACCGACUCGCGUUGUGGAAGAGACAAGGAGGAAAAGUCACUGUGCAAGAAUGAUAUGUGCAUGUGGGGUUUCAUCAAACCCUGGGAGUCUCCAACCGUCAGAGUGAUCACAGUCACAGAUCCUAAUGGCAUAUCACUGUUCGGUUCUGUAACAGAAAGCAGCACUAUCACUACACCGCACUGGGGGUUUCUCGCUCCGACCAGGACGAUUGAGAAGAGCACGACCACCACAGGAACGAGUUAUGAUACUUCGAAGUUCAAGAGCAANAAGCCCAAGUCAUCAUCUACCUCUGCAUCUCCACAACCCCGAGUAUGUCAUGACGAGCUUGACUGUCGGAAAUAUUGUGACAGGAAAUUAAAGGCACCGAUGAAGCACAUGAUGGCACUCUUGGUUGGUGGCACUGGGUUCACUGCCCUUUCAGGUUUAGCAAUGCUGCUGAAGAUAUACAGCAGACGCACUCGUCACCGACGUAUGGCCCGCAAUGGACGUCCCGGAAGCACAGAGACAGAUGCUCAGUGUCUGAUUGAGACCCAGAGUGUGCAGGGUUUGGAGGUCGUGCAAGUCACCCCUGACCAAACAAGAAGCAGGGGACACGUGCGAUUCCAGCUUGAUGGAACUGACAGCACUGUCGAUGUUGCCGAGUGA